AACCUUGAGCUCCUCUACCUCUCAGGAAACAGUGGAAUCAGAUAGCAUCGGAAGCACACACACACACACACUCUCUCUCUCUCUCUCUCUCGCUUCACCUGAUCCUUCCUGCAGGUCUCUGUAGGAAAGGAGUUUCUGUGGGUAAGAGAAUGAGACCAGGUGAUCGUCCAAGGAGGCUGUAAUUUUAGCAGACCUACCAAGAACCUUGAUGUAGGAGGCUUGUUAUUCUAAAUCACAGAAGCCUUUUUAUUUUUUUCUUUGGAAAGUAUGUGAAUGAUUAUAAUGCUGCUUUGCUUCCCAAACUGAGCAGUGAGGUAAACAGCAGAAGCCACAACAACCACAAACAACAGCAGAAGCUCUCAUCCUGACCACCAUGGAGUUUCUCGAAAGAACUUACCUUGUGAAUGACAGAGCCACCAAGAUGUAUGCCUUCACCCUAGACAGUGUGGAACUCCAGCAGAAAUCCUUGAAUAAAGAUCAAUGUCCUGGAGAGAAGCCAGAGGAGCUGGAGUCAGGAGCCAUCUAUCACUGCCACAACAACUCCAAGGCCACAGAGAACAGAGCAAACGAGCAAGUCUAUGCCAAGUGGAAACUCUGUGCUGCUUCGGGAAUAUGCUUCGUUUUCAUGAUUGCAGAGGUCGUGGGUGGGCACGUUGCUGGGAGUCUUGCUGUCAUCACAGACGCUGCCCAUCUCUUAAUUGACCUGACCAGUUUCCUGCUCAGUCUCUUCUCCUUGUGGUUGUCAUCGAAGCCCCCUUCAAAGCAGCUGACAUUUGGAUGGCACCGGGCAGAGAUCCUUGGUGCCCUGCUGUCCACCUUGUGCGUCUGGGUGCUGACUGGGGUGUUGGUGUACCUGGCAUGUGAACGCCUGCUCUACCCUGAUUACCAGAUCCAGGCGACUGUGAUGAUCAUUGUUUCAGGCUGUGCUGUGGCAGCUAACAUUAUGCUAAGUGUGAUUUUGCACCAAAGACACUCCAACCACAAUCACAAAGACAUGCAAGCUAAUGCCAGUGUCAGAGCGGCUUUUGUGCACGCCCUUGGAGAUCUAUUGCAGAGCAUCAGUGUGUUAACCAGCGCACUUAUUAUCUACUUUAAGCCAGACUAUAAAAUGGCUGACCCAAUCUGCACAUUUGUCUUUUCCAUCUUGGUUCUGGCCAGCACCAUCACUGUCUUAAAGGACUUUUCCAUCUUACUCAUGGAAGGUGUGCCAAAGAACCUGAAUUACAAUGAUGUGAAAGAGCGCAUCUUAGCGGUGGAUGGAGUGGUGUCUGUGCACAGCUUGCACAUCUGGUCUCUAGCAAUGAACCAAGUGAUUCUCUCAGCUCAUGUUGCUGCAGUAACCAGCCGUGACAGCCAGGUUGUUCGGAGAGAGAUUGUUAAAGUCCUCAGCAAUAGCUUUGCUUUGCACUCACUCACCAUUCAGAUGGAAUCUCCAGCUGACCAGGACCCCGACUGCUUUUUCUGUGAAGACCCCCGGGACUAGUUCAGUCACAACAUCGACUUCUCACAUUUGACGGGCCACUAUAUGCUGCUCUGUGGUUUCCAGCACACAAGAAAUAAAGAACCAAAGGAAGAAGUUUGAGAAAUUCAUCACACUGUACAGUGCACCUUUUAUCCUUCUUUAUUUAGCUCCAUCCACCAUAGAUGAAAAUCCAUUUAGAUUCAUCAGCCAAUUGGAUUAUCAACUCAUCAGUAGCUGUGUACAAUUACAGGAAUGUGUGUAUAGACUGUUCCUGACUGGGGCUGAAGUAACAGCUGUUUGUAGCCAGAGGCAAUAAAAAGUUCAUCUCCCUUCAAUAAUGUAUCCUGAG